AGUUUCAGGAGGCAAAUAAUUGAGGGGUGCCUUUGUGUGUUUUUCUGUUUGUUUUAUAGAAAUGAAACAAGACAAAAGAUUUUAUUUGAUUGAUAAAUUUAUGAACUGGACACAGGCUCAGAGCUACUGCAGAUCCCAAUACACUGACUUGGCCAGUGGACUGGAUCAGGUAGAUGGAGAAGAAAUGAAGGCCCUGUUUACCAACUCUACCUUUAGAGCAUGGGUCGGUCUGUUCAGAGACAGCUGGAGGUGGUCAGAUGGGAGUGAUUUCUCUUUCAGAUACUGGGAUAUGCAGUUAUUCAAUGAUGAACAAAGCAACAAGACAUGUGCUAUGACUCUGUUAAACAGAUCAGGAAAAUGGAGCUCUGAUGAAUGUGACAAUAAAAAACCCUUCUUCUGUUAUGAUGAUAAAUUGAUCCUGAUCAAAGAAAACAAGACAUGGAAGGAUGCCUUGGAUUACUGUAGAGAGCUUUACAAGGACCUGGUCUCCAUCACUAACGGUUACCAACAGAGAUGGGUCCAGGAAACAGCCAAGAAUGCUGACAGUCCCUAUGUUUGGAUCGGACUGAGCUACAAAUGCACUCUGGGAUUAUGGUUAUGGGUCAGUGACUACGUAGUCUGCUAUAAGAAGUGGGCCACAGAGGGGAAAACUGAAGGGUGUGACAUGUCUGUAGGCGUGGACAGAGGAGGACAGCAUGAGUGGUUCAGUCGCAGGAAUAAUGAGACGUAUAAUUUUAUUUGUUCUAAACAGUAAGUUUUAAACUUAAACUCACUUACUGAU